UGAAGUAGUUUUGGUUUCCUCUCUGCAUUGUGAAGAGGGGACAAGUAGUGUAUUGUCAAUCUGCAAUCUUGGUGCAUAAAUCUCUGAUCAAGCAAGCUAAGGCUCCUAAAACACACGAACAAGCCAGCCUGCACGUUAAAGUUCCAUAUCAAAGCAGAAGUUUUCAAUGGCUGGCCUAUCUCUUCACCAUCCAUUGGCCUUUGCCUUUGGUCUCCUUGGCAACAUCAUCUCCUUCAUGACUUACCUGGCCCCACUGCCGACUUUCUACCGAAUCUACAAGAGCAAGUCGACUGAAGGUUUCCAGUCGGUGCCGUACGUGGUGGCGCUGUUCAGCGCGAUGCUGUGGAUCUACUACGCGCUGCUCAAGUCCGACGAGAUCCUGCUCAUCACCAUCAACACUGCCGGCUGCGUCAUCGAGACCCUGUACAUCGUCAUCUACCUCGCCUACGCGCCCAAGAAGGCCAAGCUGUUCACGGCCAUGAUCCUGCUGCUCCUGAACGUCAGCGUGUUCGGGCUCAUCCUCCUCCUGACGAUGCUGCUCUCCGCCGGCCACAGCCGCGUCGUCCUCGUCGGCUGGGUCUGCGUCGGCUUCGCCGUCAGCGUCUUCGUCGCCCCGCUCAGCAUCAUCCGUAAGGUGGUGCGCACGAGGAGCGUGGAGUUCAUGCCUUUCUUCCUCUCCCUCUCCCUCACCGUCAGCGCCGUCGUCUGGUUCCUCUACGGCCUAUUCAUCAAGGACAAAUACGUCGCCCUCCCUAAUGUCAUCGGCUUCACCUUCGGUGUCAUCCAGAUGGGCCUGUACGCUCUCUAUUGCAACGCGACGCCCAGGUUACCAGCCAAGGGUGUAGAUGCUGACAAGGAUAAUGAGGCGGUGGACGAUACCGUCAUGGUGCCCGAGCACGUCGUGACCAUCGCUAAGCUUGGAGCGCCGGCCGUGGAGAUGAAGACCUGCGAGGUGCACCCCGUGGAGUCGCCGCCGACAGAGGAGGCGGCGAAGCAGGAGGACGACGAGCCGUCGGUGGAGGAGCUGGAGAUGGCGGGGAACAAGGGAAGCAACAACACCGAAUCAAGUCUAGAUGCCACAUGCGUAGUCUGAGUCAUAUAAUUGAAGGCUACGCCAACGCCAAGUGGCCAACCCCAUGUACGGAUGCACACACCUAGACGUCUAUGGAAGUGAGCCACCAGACGAGAGGGAAGAAAAGGGGACCAAAUCCUGCUGCUUUUGUUAUUUUAUUAUUAGUCCUUAUUCUGUUCUUGAAAUAGUUCCAUUUCUUUCUUAUUAGUAUAUGUCUAACACCUUCUUUGGCAUGGCCUUUUAUUUGAUUAUCACUACAUUCAAUU